AUGAUAUUAACGACUUUCUUCAUCAGCCUGGUGAUAGCUAUUCAUGUGUCGCUCGGUAUGCUACCUCAUGUGUCGCCAUUUUUCUUUGUUUGCAAUUACCAUGGCAACUCGGACGUUUCCAACCUCCAAACAGGAGAGGUGUCUAUAUCCGUGGAGAUAGCGGGUAACCCAGGAUAUUACCAUCCAGGACAGCCGUACCAAGUUAACAUCCAAUCCAGCCUUAACUUUGAUGGCUUUCUUCUCACGGGUCUGUACAGCAUGGCCGCCCAGAGUAACACCAUGAGCAGCCUGGCUAUGUUCAGCCCUCUGAGCAUCCCGCGGCCAGGUCAGGCCGGACAGAACUUCAUGUGUUCAAUAGUCCAUCAGCACAUGAGCCCAAGGCCCACUCAUCAACUAGCUUUCAUGUGGAUGGCUCCACCCAAGGGAACAGGAUGUGUGAAGUUUCUAGCGACAGCCACACUUGCCGGCCAACUUCUCUUCAAAGACACCACGGUGCUGCAGAUAUGUGAAGAAGGAGCCCCAACUAAAACUCCCCCUCGACCACCGCUGCUCACCCUGCACGACGAUGGCGUCAUUUUCAGGGACGAUUUUGACUCUGGGCCGGACCUCAGUACUGAUUUAUGGAAUCCAUCAAGGAGCAUGGGCGUCAAGACCGAUGAGAGUUGUGGCCAUGUGAUGCACGGAGCAGCAGCCGUGUUCUGUGAGGCUCACGGGGAGAGAAAGUUGGAAACAGUUGCGAUCAACACCACGACAGCGGCCGUUCUACAGUUUGCACUUAGUGCUGGUCAGUGUUCGCCAUCCAUUAAAGACAAAGACAUCGUGGUCCAGUACGGAGGAGAAGGAUGUAGCAACUGGCAACAAAUGGACAGGAUAAGGUAA